AUGUAGGUAUUCUAAUUUGGGAUAUUUAAGUCGAAGAAAUGAAUCAAUCAGUUUAAAUAUACAAUUAUUUCAUUAUAUAGAAUUCUAAAUUCUAAUGUCGCCCAUCCCAUACUUUCGCAAGGAUUCUUUUAUAAAUAAGAAACCUAAUUAGAAAUUAGAAGUAGAGUUAUUGCCUUUUCCGUUUUCAAAUCCAAUAUAUCUGUCUUCUUUUUCAUUUGAUUAAUGAAGGAUAGAAACAUACUAAAUCUGCACCUAAGAUUACACCAAUUACCCUGUACUACACUCAGCGGUAGAACACACUAGCCUAUGACGCUAGCAGAAACUAGAAUCAACGUGUAGUGAAAUCACGUUACUGGGUAUUUGAGAAGUGAAUUAUUAUCAAUCGAGAGAUUAAGGUUAAUGAAUGAGUUCAUGUUGAGAUGAAUGAAAACUCCCACAUUGAUAGUAAUGAAAAUCAAGAAGAUAAAACAGGAAGAAAACUUCUUUCUGACAGGGAUCAUGCCAAAUUUAUCAACAGUUAGUCAAAUGUCUUAUGUUAGCAAUGAUGCUAGUCAUGGAGAGUAGAAGGUAGACAUGUACUCAUUCUUGAUUCCUGUGAAUACUUUCUAGAAGAGAGUGCUGGUGUAAAUAUGAUCAUUAUGAAUAUGCAUGGGAAAACCGAAACUUGAAAUCAUAUAUUCCUUGGAUGUCUACAUAGAAAAUAAUCCUAAGAAAAAGAAAGCAAGAACCAAGUAAUGACCACAAGGAUUACAACUUGGUACCAUUUAGAGAAUAUUGAAAUUCCACAAUAUGUACAUGAGAGGAAGCAAAAGUCAAAAACAUAGAGAGGCGUAUAUUAAAUACAGGUCAUGAUUGAUGAUAAAUGGUUAGUUGUAGAUUACAAAAAGAAUUCUUGUAAUCUGUAGUUCUUCAUACAAAUUUAUUAGUGAGAUUUGAUAAACUGAACCACGCUUACUCGAAAUGUUUGGUAGAAGUGAAAUAUUCAACAAUGCUUCUGUUUCUGAAGAGUACUCUGUUGAUCACAAUGGUGACGACAACAGUAGUGGUAUAAAGAGCGAAAUAAAAUGUGAAGAUGAAAUUGAUAUUAUUUACGAAAAUCUCAAAACUGAAAAUGUCGAUAAAGGAGAGGAAAAUAAAUGUGGGUGCUGUUUUAGUGAUUGUUUUUGUAGCCAGACUAAUUUCUUCCGCCAGGAAUAUUCUGCGGUGGAAAGCAGCAGUUCGGAGACCAACAAUAUGCAAGGUCAGGACAUGACUCAGAGUGAGAAUGAGUGUGUUUUUGAUCCUGCUACAGAUUCCAAAUUACCGAUUCCUCUCAAGAAAGAAGAUGAACUAAUCGUGAAGAAAAAACAAGACAUAAUGUAUGAACCACUGUCAAGAGUACCAUUACCAUUUCAGUGUAAAAUCUGUUCAAAAUCUUUCAUUAGAGGUGAUCAAUUGAAAAAUCAUCAAAAGAGUCAUACAGGAAAGAAUUCAUUUAAAUGUGAAAUGUGCUCAAAAUCUUUUACUAGAGGUUACCGUUUAAAAAUUCACCAAAGGAGUCAUACAAUAGAAAAUUCAUUUCGAUGUAAAAUAUGCUCAAAAUCUUUUGUUAGCGGUGAUCAAUUAAAAAAUCACCAAAGGAGUCAUCCAGGAAAAAAUGCAUUUCAAUGUAAAUUAUGCUCAAAAUCUUUCACUAGAAGUUCUAGUUUAAAAAUUCACCAAAGGACUCAUACAGGCGAAAAACCAUUUCAAUGUAACAUUUGUUCAAAGUCUUUCAUUAGUGGUGAUCAAUUGAAAACUCACGAAAAGAGUCAUACAAGAGAAAAUUCAUUUCAAUGUAAAAUAUGCUCAAAAUCUUUCGCUAGAAGUGAUUAUUUAAAAAUUCACCAAAGGAGUCAUACAGGUGAAAAACCAUUUCAGUGUGACAUUUGUUCAAAGUCUUUCACUCUAAAAUGUAUUUUAAUAACUCACAAAAAGAUUCAUAAUCACAUAUUCCAGUGCAACAUCUGCUUAGAAUCGUUCUCUCUGAAGGGUGACCUAAUUGAUCACCAAAAAAUUCACAACACUGGAGAAAAACCAUUCCAAUGUAACAUAUGUUCAAAAUUUUUCACUAAAGAUGAUCAUUUGAAAAUUCACCAGAUGAGUCAUAUGGUAGAUAAACCGUUUCAGUGUAAAAUCUGUUCAAAAUCUUUCAGUAAAAGUUGUCGAUUGAAAAACCAUGAAAAAACGCAUACAGGAGAGAAACCAUUUCAGUGUAACAUCUGUUCGAAAUCUUUCACGCAACCAAGUAGUUUGAAAAAACACGAAUGGAAUCAUAGAUGAAUGCAUUCAUCAAUAAAGCUUUAGAAAGAGGUAGUAUAAAGUUUAUCGGAUUAGUUAACAAAUUAACAGUGUAAAAUAUAUCCAUUUGCAAUCUUGAGAAAUCCAGUUCCAUCUUUCACAUUAGUUUUGAGCCCGCAGGGCAUCUCAUUUAAACAUCAUGACACCCAAAAGCAGGUCCACAUGGAAUCGUCGUGAUCUACAGGGCUAUGCCAUAAAUGAGACCAUAUUUGUCACUUCACUUCUACUUACCUCAGUUUGUAUUUCUGAUUAGAUAAUAUCAUCAUAAAAAAUAUCAAAGAAAUUAUUUCAUGAUAUGGAAUUGGCCGAUACUUGAUGAAAAUGCAUAACGUAACUUUCCCACAUUUUGGAAACAGUUCUGAUAAACCAAGUCACUGAAUUUAUAUCUGCUAAUCGAUGAUUUGAAAAAUAACAGAAGGCUUUUCAAAAAAAAAUUCAACACCUAAGCAGCCAAUUGAUAUCAAUUCUCUAGAUGGUAAAAAUAUGUGAUUGGAAUUUUUCUGGAUCUGAAAAUAGCCUAUGAUACAGUGGAUUACAAACUGUUGAUAUUUUACUUGAAAAAUUAUGGCAUCAAAAUUUACAGUGUACAGGUCUUAUAGCAUAAGCAAAAAGGUUUCUCUGAAAGACUCUAAUUUUGUAUUCUGAAAGGAAUCCUUCAGUUAUUCAAAAAGCAAUAAAUAUUAAGAGUAAAUCGUUCAGAAUUGGCUGGAAAGUAGGACUCACUACAAAUGAAAUUUCAAAAAUUCAUAACAGAUAUAGCAAGCGCCAAAAGUGAUGGUGAGCGAUCUCACAGGUAUAGACUCUCUCAACUAAAUUACUAUUGGAUUACGAUAAGCCCCUUGCCGUCCAGUGUAAUAACUAUAAUUAGUUUUAUUUAGGCUAGCAAGUGGAACAUAAGUUUUUUGUGAUUUCUUUUCAUAUUUUAUUUAGUAUUGUGGGUAAUAGUACAGUUCAAUAAAAUGUUAUAUAAUGAUACCAUC